CUGAUGGCCUCGAUUAUGGCCUCGAUUGGGAUACCUGGGCACAAUGAGACAAGGCUAAGCAGAAGGCACAAAUAUAUACGUGAUAUACGUGGCUUCUCGUCUACGCACUGGAAACACCACACUCCCGCAGACCCAGUUGAGCCGACCACACCUUGUCAACCACCAAGAGAGAGAAUGUUUCGUCUUUUCCUUCUUACUCUGGCGUUGUGCCAUGCUGUCUUUGCAUUUCCACAGGAAGCCAAUAACGAGGAUGAACUUUCACGAGACAUUGAACUGUUAAAGCGUGCCUUGGAAAGGAAGUACUUGGAUCAGGCAGCUCCUGCGGUUACAUUGGUAGAUAUCGUCAACCUUCAAACAGAACAGAGUUCCACCCUCGUAUUCAAUGACGUCACUUACGGUUCUGGUAACGCAGUGGACAAGAAUUUCAACUCGGAUCUGAUCCAGGGACGAAGCUGCGCGCACACAGCACCUCAGAACAACCCGUGGUGGAGAGUGUAUCUUCGUGAGCCUCACUGUAUUGUGCAGGUCGGCAUUGUGAACCGUGGAGACGGCGACUAUGACCGUUUGGCCGGAGCUGUGGUGCGUGUAGGCGGACCAGCGUGCGGCUCACCAGUUACCGCGCAGUCGGCCAACAUUCCCGGCGGGAUGAACCUCGUCAUUUGCGAUAAGCCAAUUGCGGGAGAUCAGAUCGUUAUUCACAUUCCAAGAGACGGGGCCAUUUUGCAGAUUUGCGAAGUCCAGGUCUGGGCCGUUCCCAUGAAAUUUUGCAUGUAGAGCAUGGAGGUAAGAAUAACUCGCAUAUCUGU